CCUCCCCAGACCACCACAGCCCCACGCUCAAUAGCAGUAACCACAAGCAUUUACCGCCUCUGACCCCAACACACCUGGGACAUCAUCAGCUCUACCAGUCCACCAGAAGGAACCAUCUUCAUCCAUGAUCCCUCUGUCCCCUGUGAGUCUCAGGUUCCCUACCCUGGAGCACUCUCUGCUGCCAGAGGAUCAAGAGCAGUGGAGAAAACGGACAGGUCUUCUGCUCUACGAGGUCUACGGACAGUCAGAAACAGGUGGCAACCACAGGCAGCCAGGAGCUGGCCCCAGAAGUUCAUUUCUGGAUGCUCAUGUGGACAGCACACAGGGAGUAAGUUGUGUCACUCUCCGUGGAAUGAAGAUCAAGCCGGGUUCCAUCGGGAAAGGCAUCCCCUCCUUCGACGUCCAGAUCAUUGACGACAAGGGCAACAGCCUGCCGUUCAACACUGAAGGCAACAUUGGCAUCAGGAUGAAGCCCACCAAGCCCAUUGGCCUCUUCAUGGGCUAUGAAGACAACCCAGUAAAGACAGCCAAAGUGGAGUGUGGGGACUUUUACAACUCUGGAGAUAGAGCAACUAUGGAUGAAGAGGGCUACAUCUGGUUCCUGGGGAGGAACGAUGACAUCAUCAAUGCCUCUGGGGACGAGGUGACCCUCCAAAACAUGAGACUUGAGGGCUUGGGUCACCCGGCCCUGGCAGCCACUCAGAAGCCAAGAAGGAGCCCGCAGGUACCGCGUCGGGCCCGCAGAGGUGGAGAAUGCCCUGGCCGAACACCCGGCUGUGGCUGAAUCAGCUCUGGUGAGCAGCCUGGACCCAAUUCGAAGGGAGGUGGUGAAGGCAUUUAUUGUCCUGACUCCGGAAUUCCUCUCCCAUGACCGGGACCAGCUCACCAAGGAGCUACAGCAGCAUGUGAAGUCAGUGCCAGCCCCGUGUAAGUACCCCAGGAAGGUGAGUGAGGGCAGAGGGAUGGGGCCUGGUCCCGUCCAGUGGGCCCUGGGCUCUGCUGCCCCAAAUCUCCUGGGGUGGCUGGGGUGGAGCUUACGUAGCCCAUGGAAUGAGCAUUUUUCUCUACUGAAGAAGCAUUCAACUUAGGGGUUUAGGGGAGAUCCAUCUUAAUCAUGGAAACCUCUAUCCUGUGUCAGAAAACAAAAAGGCUGACAAAAAACCUACAGAAAAAAAUCAGCCAAGAGCCUAGAAAUAUCCAAGAAGGAUAUUUGAAAUCUUUCACAAUUUGAAAAAGACAUUCGGGGCACCUGGGUGGCUCAGUCGUUAAGCGUCUGCCUUCGGCUCGGGUCACGAUCUCAGGGUCCUGGGAUCGAGCCCCUCAUCGGGCUCCCUGCUCGGCGGGAAGCCUGCUUCUCCCUCUCCCACUCCCCCUGCUUGUGUUCCCUCUCUCGUUGUGUCUCUCUCUGUCAAAUAAAUAAAAAGAAAAUCUUGAAAAAAAGAAAAAAAGAAAAAGACAUUCAAGUCAACAACUGCCACACUUUUAAAAAACAUUAUUUGUAGUAAGAAAUAUAUUCUAAAUUGAAGCCCAAUACAUAUAUAGAUACAUAACAAACAAAAGGUAACAAAAUAAUAUUUAUUGUAGCAUAAAAUACAUUCUGAGAGAUUUUUUUUCUACCUCGUUUUCAGUGCCAUGUGAGAACUAUGAAAAUGUCCAACAAUAGAGAAAUGAUUAAAUUAUUCGUGGUAAUUAAUGCUGUCCUAUAAUUUAAAAAGAUGAUGCAGAUCUCUUAUUUGUAACAUAAAAAACAUCACAAAAAUAUAUUAUUAAGAGACAAAAGCAGGCUGUGAAUAAAUAUACAUGUUAUCUGACUUGUUGAAAAACCACGUUUGCAAGGAUACAUGGGUCAAAAAUUUAACGUGUCUUUCUUUUGUAAUAAUACAUUGCUGUGCUUUCUGAGUGUUUACCCAAAGCUAGAUAGCUAAUAUUUAUUGAACAUGUGUGCCGGGCGCUGGACUCAAAGCUCUACAUGUGUUAUUUCAUAUAAUCCCCCCAAACCUGAGAUGGUAUAACCAUCCAUUUGACAGAAUGGAAACGGGAGAGGCUCAGAGACUCACAGUAAAUUGCCUGAGGUUGGAGUGAAGAAAAGGGCAGAGCUGAACUCAAACCCAGUGUAUCUGAAAACGGAGUUCGUCCUUCACAUGUAAGGCUCUGCCGCCUCCUAGAGAGUAGACUGGAGGAUGCAGGCCAGUUAGGAUGGGCUGAUGUUCCUGUGAGGAACUAGUAGCCCCUGUCUUAGUGGCUCCUACUAGGGAAGUAUCUUUCUUGCUCCGGCCACAUGUCCGCAUGGUCUUCCUGGGACCAGGAUAAAGGAGCACCCACCAUAGGUAACUGCCAGGUGCUAGAAGAGAUGGACAGAGUGGAUGCCAGACCAGUGGUCUCAAGUGUUCUGUUCGAGGUGGCACGCCUCACUCCCACUCACAUCUCACUGGUCAGAGCACAUCACAGGGCUGCAUCCAACUUCCCGGGUCAGGGGACACCCUGACAUGCCUUGGUGGAGCCUACUGGGGCCACCACAGGGUGCCAGCCCGUCUGGGGGACUGUGCAGGGGCAGAGGAGGAGCCUGGGGCAUUGGUAAGAAAUGACAGCAGGACUAAGUUGGGAUGGGUUUGCUUUAUCCUU